GCGGAGUGGGAAAGAUGGCGGCCAGCGUCCGAGUGCAGAAGCUGCUCCGGCGCUACAAACUCGCGAUUGCCGCCGCAUUAACCAUCCUCCUGGUCCAGGGGCUGGUGGUGUGGAGCUUGAGAAGCCUGGAGGAAGGCGAGGCCGAGAGAAAGACAAGAAGGUCUAAACUGCCUGACCACAAUAACCAGGACCCCAAGAGAGAUGGUGCCGUUUGGGAGAAAUCAGGUUCUUUAUCUUGGAGGAACAGAGGCAAAUGGGGUACCAGGUUCGAGAGGACAGGGGGAACGGCUGCAAGUACACAAAGGAAAGGGAACAACCGCAGAGGAGGAAAGCCCAGCGUCAGGCAGAAGGUUCCCCAGGAGCGGGGAAUGACGGCAGCUGGAUUAGACGGCCUGGUCCCUCACGAUCUGUCCAGCAGCCGCAACUUCACUGAGAGCCGCAGUGGACUAGAUGGAGCAGCUAAAUUUCCAGCUGCUGCCAUGCCCGGGGAGCCAGGCAGCGUGGACGGUGCACACCAAGCCAUCAGCAGCGACUUUGCGCCUAAAUGCGAUAUCGUAGGCAAGGAUGCUCUGUCUGCUCUCCACCGCGCCGGGUCGCAGCAGUGCAGGCAGGAGAUCGCCAACAUUGUGUGUCAACAUCAAGCUGGACAGCUCAUGCCAAAUGUGCUCCCUCAGUUCUGCCCUCAGCUUGGGUCAUCACUAGCUGUUCAGCCUGUUGGCGAAGAAAACUUGAGCCUGUCCAAGGUAGAAAACCCGGUGAGGGUGGCCUUCGUCCUGAUGGUCCAUGGCCGCUCUGUACAACAGCUCAAGCGCCUCAUUAAAGUGAUUUACCACAGAGACCACUUUUACUACAUCCAUGUGGAUAAGCGAUCAGGCUACAUGCAUCGGAAGGUCUUGCAGAUCGCUCAGAAAUUCCCAAAUGUACGUUCCACUCCCUGGCGAAUGGUCACCAUCUGGGGAGGAGCCAGCCUUCUGAAGGCUUACCUGCGCAGCAUGCAGGACCUGCUGGCCAUGCACGACUGGAAGUGGGACUUUUUCAUCAAUCUCAGCGCAACAGACUUCCCAACCAGGACCAAUGAUGAGCUGGUGGCGUUUUUGUCGCAGCACAGAGACAAGAACUUCCUCAAGUCUCAUGGGAGAGAGAAUGCCAGGUUCAUUAAGAAGCAGGGCCUUGACCGUCUCUUCCAUGAGUGCGACAACCACAUGUGGCGUCUUGGCGAGCGCAGCAUCCCAGACGGCCUGGAGGUCUCGGGUGGCUCUGACUGGUUUGCGCUCAACCGUCACUUUGUGGACUACGUCAUAAACUCCCAGGAUGAGUUAGUGUUAGGACUGAAGCAGUUCUAUACCUACGCCCUGCUCCCCGCUGAGUCCUUUUUCCACACAGUGCUUGGAAACAGUCGCAUGUGUGACACCCUGGUGGACAAUAACCUGCGUGUCACCAACUGGAAUCGGAAGCUGGGCUGCAAGUGUCAGUACAAACACAUAGUUGACUGGUGUGGCUGCUCUCCCAACGACUUCAAACCACAAGACCUCAUUAGGAUUCAGCAAUUGAGCCGCCCGACAUUCUUUGCCCGAAAGUUUGAGUCGACGGUGAACCAGGAGGCUAUAGAUAUUUUGGACACGCACUUGUAUGGCCAGUAUGCUCCAGGAACCGCUGCUGUCAAAUCCUACUGGGAGAGCGUGUUUGACCAGUCUGAUGGACUGGGCUCCCUCAGUGACGUUGCUCUCACUGCAUACUCUUCUUUUGUCCGACAAAGCCUGGGGAGUCUGAAUACUGCCCAGAGCAACAAGAAGGCCUGCAGGUUUGAACCCGUAGACAAUCCUCUCGCUGUGCAUUUGUACUUUUACGAUGACCACUUCCAAGGGUAUCUGGUUCGUCAGGAAGUUCAGGCUGUUGGGUCGCAGGACAGGGAGAUACUAGAAGUGUGGGCUGUCCCUCAAGCCAUGGUCAUCUUUGAGACAAACCUUGGAGAGUUUGAGAGACUCAAGAACCUAGAAAUUGGAACAGAGUGGGACCCCAAAGAAAGGAUCUUCCGUAACUUUGGGGGUGUGAUCGGUCCCUUGGACGAACCACUAGCAGUCCAGAAGUGGGCACGCGGUCCAAAUCUCACGGCCACCAUUGUUUGGAUUGACCCAGCGGCGGUGGUGGCAGCAUCUUAUGACAUCACUGCUGACGUAGAUGCAGAGUACACACACUACAAGCCGCCGCUGCAGCAUCCGCUGAGGCCCGGCAUGUGGACAAUACAGGUGUUGAGACAAUGGGAGCGCAUAGCCGAAGUUCGCUUCCUCGUCAUGCCUUUAACUUUUAACAAUAAGGAGCCGUUGCGCAAAGAAGAGGACAGCUGGCUCCACUCAGGGCCCCCAGGAAACCUGUACCUGGAUCAUAACUUUCAGCAGCUGAGCUCUGUGCUGAAGCUGCCGCCCCAGCAGCCGGCCAUGCAGCUGGCCAAGCGCAACGCUCAGCUGGUGGGCCCGGCUCUUGACGCGUGGGUGGACGGAGCCGUGGGGACCUUCUGGGUUAUGGACAACCUUUGUGCCACCAAGAAAUCCUCUUGUCCAAACUUGGUAUCCUGCUCCAAGUCCUCCUGGAGCUCCCUGUCCCCAGACCCAAAGUCUGAACUGGGCCCGAUCAAAAGUGAUGGGCGAAUCAGGUAGCCCCGAGAAAACAGAAACUGUAGACUUUAAACAUCCACAGGAAGACUUUGGGACGGUUGAACCAACAUCAGAGACUUCUUGGAGAUCCAGUGGGAACUCGGUGUCGUCUCUGAGGUCAGCUUGAAGCUCAAGGGCACACAAACGUCUGUCGUCCUGCACUGAGGAAUCACAACAUUCUUAGUGAGAUGUUUAAACAGACUUAAGAGAUGAGGUAUGACUGCUGGAAGUUUGCACAAAGAUGAAUGCAGGUGCAAAAAUAUUGUUAUUUUAUUCUUCAGAAUGGGUAUAAGUGUUUUUAGCUGGCACACUGGUUUUCAUCCAUACAGCUGUUUGAGCAGUGGAGUACUCUGCACAUGUUUGAACUCUGGGGGAAUAGUUUUCAGUUUCAUUCUACUUUGAAAGAAACAAAGAAAAUUAUUGAAUCAAAAAAACUGGCUCCAUUCUGCACUCUUAUCUUCAUUUCCAGGGAGAGUGGAACCUGAAUUUUAUUAUUGUGCUUAUUUUAAAGCAUUUUUAUGUAAGCACAUGGAACGGACAGAUGAAGUGCACUUUAAUACAAGAUGAUGAUGAUGUUACAUGGAGGUCACUCGUUUACUCGGUGAGUGGUACAAGUUGAGAGGUAAUAGAUAAGGUCAUGUCUGUUAUUUUUCAAAAUGCUGCUUGCAAAUACCUGCACAGCCACCUCCCAUUGCACCGACACAUCGGUUAAAACUUGGAUAACACCUUGAGUUAUUUAAAAAAAAAAGUGACUUUCCCUAGGUAUAGUGUUUUAAUUCUGUUUCCCGUGACAUUUUAUUGAACAAGAAACCUUUUUUAAACAUUUGUCGGCCAUUUGUCAGUUCUCUGAGCAAGUGUUUGUUACAGUAUGUUGGCCCUUUUGUUUUUCACAAAAACGCCUCUGAGUUGUUUAUCUUAAGGAAGUGCCUAGAUUGAUAGUAUCGACAAAGAAGGUAAAAAUAGGGAAGUUCAGCAGCUAAAACAUGCACAUCAUUACAAAUAUAUGAUGCGAUUCAGAACAAGUUAUUAGAUCUGGAGUUUAGAUUUGUAUUUUUCCUUUUUAAAAUAAUGAAUGUUAUAACAAUUUGCAUAUUGUGCGCUACAGGAAUAGUUUGACAAUGUUUUAAUUCGGUUUUGUAUUUGUUUUAAAACAUUUUUGAGACGGUGAGAUGAACGACAUCACUCUCCUGUGUUGUAUGUUAGCUGAGCAAAGCUCAUUACCUGAAAAUAAGAAGGAACCGGCAAGAUUUAAUCAACCAGCCAAAUCUCUUGUUUGACUAUUGGUCUUUGCAAAAAAACAAAAAAAGGAAA